CCUCGGCAGCCGCGGUGCCCGGGCGCGUCAUGGCCGCGGUCGCGUGGAUGCCCACGGUUUCUCGGUUGCUAGGUGCUUUCAAAAGCCAAAAAAAGGUGACCAGAAGUUUUGGUAAUGCUGUACAAACAGUAACUUUAAUCCCAGGAGAUGGCAUAGGACCUGAGAUUUCUGCUGCUGUCAUGAAGAUCUUUGAUGCUGCCAAAGCACCUAUUCAGUGGGAAGAGAGGAAUGUUACAGCUAUCCAAGGACCAGGAGGGAAGUGGAUGAUACCCCCAGAAGCCAAAGAAUCCAUGGAUAAAAACAAAAUGGGAUUAAAAGGGCCUCUAAAGACCCCAAUUGCUGCAGGGCACCCAUCCAUGAAUCUGCUGCUGCGUAAAACCUUUGACCUGUAUGCCAACGUGCGUCCAUGCGUGUCCAUCGAGGGCUACAAGACACCCUACACAGAUGUGAACAUCGUCACCAUCCGUGAGAACACCGAGGGCGAGUACAGCGGCAUCGAGCACGUGAUUGUUGAUGGGGUUGUGCAAAGCAUCAAGCUGAUCACAGAGGAAGCCAGCAAGCGCAUUGCAGAGUUUGCUUUUGAAUAUGCCAGAAACAAUCAGAGAAGCCAUGUGACUGCAGUGCACAAGGCAAAUAUUAUGAGAAUGUCUGAUGGGCUUUUCUUGAGAAAAUGCAGGGAGGCAGCAGAAAACUGUAAAGAUAUUAAAUUCAAUGAAAUGUAUCUGGAUACUGUAUGUCUGAAUAUGGUUCAAGAUCCAUCUCAAUUUGAUGUGCUUGUUAUGCCAAACUUGUAUGGUGACAUCCUCAGUGACUUGUGCGCUGGACUCAUCGGGGGUCUUGGAGUAACACCCAGUGGAAACAUUGGUGCCAAUGGUGUGGCCAUUUUUGAAUCCGUUCAUGGAACAGCACCAGACAUUGCAGGAAAAGACAUGGCCAAUCCCACUGCCCUCCUGCUGAGCGCUGUGAUGAUGCUUCGCCACAUGGGAAUGCACAAACACGCCUCCAAGAUUGAGUCAGCCUGCUUCGAUACCAUUAAAGAUGGAAAGGUCUUGACAAAGGACUUAGGAGGCAAUGCCAAGUGCUCGGAAUUCACAGAGGAGAUCUGCCGCCGAGUACGGGACAAAGACUAAACCUCCUCCUGCUGGUGACUGGAAGGACACAUCACAGAGUACAAUAUAUGUAACCUGAUAUCCACAUGCAUAGUUUGCUUAUCUCUUGAGGGCAAACUUUUUAGCUGAGGCCUCUCCAUUAAUAAAUCUAGUCCAAAUGGCUACAAA